UUAGUAAUUGAAUUUUAGCUUGUAUAGUCUUGUUUUCUCUUUUUCAUAGCUAUUUGCCUCAAAUUCAAAUUCUGGAUGCUUGCAAUUGUCUCUUGAGAAAGAGAAAGAGAGAUAUUUCCUACCGGAAUUAUAUAUAAUCGCACUGUUUUUUACAUCAAAUCUCUCUGUGUGAAACCAUGGAUGGAGGUGCUGCUGCCAUCGAAGUUCUUCUCCAAAACCUGAUCGACGUUUUGAAGGAAGACUACUUUCUACUUCAAGGUCUCGAUGAUGAUGUCCAACAACUUCAGACGACUUUGGGCAUUAUUCAAGCCUACUUGAAUGACGCUGCGAAUAAAUCCAUCACCCCAGAUGUUAAGAUCUGGUUGAGGGAGCUUGAAGAUGUGGCUUUCAAAACUGAUAAUGUCUUGGACGAACUCAGCUAUCAUCUUCUCCACAAAAAAGUGAAGAAAAUGAAGACACCCACUGCCAAGGAUAAGAUGCUAUCAUGUUUCUCAGCCUGUAGUGACAUGUCACGCCGGCUUACUAUGGCUCGUACAAUUAAGCAUAUUAAUACCACUUUUGAGUCUAUGAAUACAAAGGCAACAGGUCUUGGCCUUCAAAGCAAAAUUCUGAGUGCACCUGUUGCUGCUCAUACUUCCAUUGAGACUAAUUCAGUCAUGCAUGAUCCAAUCUUUGUCGGAAGAGAUGAUGAAGUGUCUGAAGUAGCUGACAAGCUGACCCGUAUCCCCCAAGAUCAGACCAUCUCCAUCGUUGCCCUUGUAGGAAUGGGGGGUAUGGGGAAGACCACGUUGACUCGGAGAGUCUUCAAUCAUGAAAGGCUAAAGAAAUUUGGAUCAAAUAUUUGGGUUCAUGUUUCUCAAACUUUUGAUCCAAUCGGUCUUUACAACAAAAUCCAUUCAAUAUUGGCUUCAACUACCGGUGAUAGAGUUGAGCGAGUUGAGCAUGAGGAAACUAUCCUUAACAAGCUUCGAGAAGUUCUCAGGUCUAAAACUUAUCUUCUUGUGCUUGACGAUGUUUGGAAUGAAGAUAUUCUGAAAUGGGAAGGUUUUAUAAAUAACAUGAAGGGAGUUUCUUCCACCAAGGGAAAUGGUAUUAUCAUCACCACCAGGAGGGAAAAUGUUGCUUCAAUUGCUGACCCAUUUCAUAUUCAUCGAGUGAAUCGCUUAUCAGAUCAACAGUGCUGGUCCAUAAUUAAAGCAAGAUCUUUUGAUGGAAAUGUAGAAGUUCCAUUAGGAUUUCAAAUGAUUGGGAAAGAGAUUGCAAAGAGAUGUCAGGGUUUGCCCUUAGCUGCCAAUGUAGUUGGUGGUGUGCUUCGCCGCUGCAAGUCCGAACAAGAGUGGUGUGCGAUCAAAGACCCGGAGUGGAUUGGUGAACUCCAUCACUUGCAAACACUAAGAGCAGAUUUAUGGAGAUUAGAGAAACUGCCAAGUACAUUGAAGUACUUGAUUAACUUAAGGCAUCUUUAUCUAGGGUGGGAAACAAAGUUACCUGCAGAGAUUGGGAAAUUAGCUAGUCUCCAAACACUUGAACACUUUAAAGUGGGUGAAGAGAAGGGCUACCAAAUUGAAGAGCUUGGAAGUUUGAAGAAUCUCAAAGGAUCACUAUGGAUUCAGAAUCUCGAAAGGGUGCGUGACAAGGAAGAGGCUAUGAAAGCAUAUCUGUUGCAGAAGUCAAACUUAUCUAAUUUGCGGUUAGAAUGGAAUGAGGAUAGUGGCACCGACGGAAAUUAUGAGAGUGUGUUGGAGGGCCUUCAACCUCAUGCAAAUCUGAAGGUGUUGGGGAUUGAUGGAUUCAAAGGCAUAACAUUUCCUGCAUGGUGUAAGAAGAUGGCAGUACGGAAUGGUUCUCAAGGGUCUUGGGUACCACUUGAUAACUUGAUUGAGAUAUCACUUUGCAAUUGCUCAGAGUGUGAGGAAAUCCCAAUGCUGGAUCACUCAUUGCCUAAUCUCAAAUCUCUUUAUUUGAUUAAUUUGAAGAAGGUUAGGUCCAUAAAUAUCCCCUGCAAAAAUUUAAAAUCUCUCGUUAUGUUCGGAUUACAGAGCUUACAAUAUCUGCCAGAAUCGUUAUUCUGUAACAAUCCAAGUCUCUCAAAUUUAGAGAUUGUGAAGUGCCCUGUGUUGAGUGAAUUACCAGAUGGGCUGGACACCCUCAAUUCUCUAGAAGAAUUGACUAUCAGGGACUGUCCAAAUCUGAAGUUGAUCAAGAAUCCAAGUGGUGGACCAAAAAACAAUCAAGGAAUCCUCCACGAGCUGAGAAUUAUAAAGUGCGAAAAGCUGAUGGCAUUGCCAUGUCAAAUUCUGGAGUCGUCUGCACCCACAAUCAAGACACUCGUAUUGGAAGAAUUAAGGAGCCUAAAGAAUCUACCGAUGCUAAUUGACUGCCUCGCUAAAUCAUCUCCUCGUCUCGAAGAAUUGACAAUCAGAGGUGUGCCUAAUUUCAUGGCUAGUGGUUUUAUUGGGAGUUGGAGUUUAGGCAGGUUGAAGGUGUUAUGUAUAGAUGUGAGUGUGGAGUGGUCAAUGGAGAGUAGUGUUGGCAUUAGAGAGACUGUGGAAGGCAUGCUGCAAGGAUGUGCCAACUCACUUGAAAUCUUAUAUUUGAAGUGGGUGGAAAACUGGGAGUGGAUGCCCCAAUCAAUUCAACACCUCACUGCUCUUUCUAACUUGAUGUUAGAGAAUAUAGGGGUACAAGAAUUGACCCAAUCUAUUCAACACCUCACUGCUCUUUCAUCAUUGGGGUUAAUGAAUAUAGGGGUACAAGAAUUGCCCCAAUCAAUUCAAAACCUCACUUCCCUUUCUUUGUUGAAGUUAGAGAAUAUAGGGAUACAAGAAUUACCAGAAUGGUUAAGAAACCUCUCAUCUAUGCAGUGUUUAAUUCUAGUUGGUUGUAAGAAGUUGAGAUGUCUGCCCUCUGUGGAUGCAUUGAAGCGCCUCUCUCUGUUAGAAAUUGAAGAUUGUCCAGAACUAUGUAUUGAUUCAGAGUGGCGAAAUAAUCCAAAUCUCUACAUCAGGGUUGAUGGCGUGCAUCUAUCUUAAUUGAAUGUCGUAACAAGUAGACUGCAAAAAUGGAGUCAGGAUGAAGUCGGAACCGAAAAGCAAAGUCGAGAGACAUUCCACGAGAAUUGCAGGAUUCACAACAUUCCACGUGGACUGCGGGAUUCAUCACAAAUUCCAAACGCAUUCGUUGGACGUCGUGCUCUGUCCAGAACAUCUUCCACGAGCCGGUGUAGCAGAUUCAUGAAAUUCAGAUUUAAAUGAGGAAAAGAGACAGUUUUUGGCAUUCCAAACUCCACAAAAUAAGAAAAUGACCAAGAAUGAAAAAGGAGAAGAGGGAGAAGAAGAUCAAGCAUCCAAACUCCAACAUCUCGGAGACAAACUAACACUAACAAUUGGAGAACAUCAUGAAUUCUAAGGUUUGGUUUUUACUUAGCAUGUGUGGCUAGUACUUAUCUGUUGCUCAUAGUAUUAGUAGGAUUAAAUGAUAAAAUGAUAUAUUUAAUCCAUUGCUUUGGUUUAUUAUGCUUA